AUGAAUAACGCCGACAUCGGAGCGAACGUAUCCAUGCGCUUCGUCUCAGCGCAUAUAGUCUCGGGUACAAGCGGUUCUCAGUCGCAUGAUGGAUGUACGUUGAGAACUUUGUUCGAAACUAUGUCAACCGGCGUCUUGUUAGCGGACGUGCACUUAGCGAAUCGACACUUUAUGGCUGUACCUUGA